AUGGAAACUCAUCCAUCAAGUCCGCCAAAGAAAACGUUAUCAUCAUCUUCCUCCUCGUCCGUCGGCCGCCCACUGGUAAAGGUCGCCCGGUGGACGUCCAGCGGCCGAAUUGUGAGCCUGUCUCGGGACGAUGACCUAGACAUGUCAGGCCAGUUCUCCGGCCAAAACGACUAUAUCAAUUACACCGUCAUGAUGCCGCCGACCCCGGACAACCAGCCCGUGGCUGCAGGGUCCGGUGACACAGGGACAGCCUCGGAACUGAAGCCAGACUCAGGAUAUGGCGGCGGCGAUGGUGGAGCAAAGAUGGAUAGGAGAAUGUCAGUGUUGACAUCGUCGAACAAUAAAUCGAUGUUGUUGAGGACGCAGACCGGAGAUUUCGAUCACAACCGUUGGUUGUUCGAGACGAAAGGAAAGUAUGGGAUCGGUAACGCUUAUUGGUCGCCGGAGGAGGAAUCGUAUGGACUGUCAGAAGGCGUGAACGUGUCGGAUUUCAUGGACAAACCUUGGAAGCCUUUAACUAGGAAGGUUAAGGUUCCUUCCGGGGUUCUUAGCCCUUACAGGUUGUUGGUGGUGAUCCGAAUGGCAGUGCUAGUACUUUUCCUAGCAUGGCGAAUCCAGAAUCCAAACACAGACGCAAUAUGGCUUUGGGGCAUGUCCAUUGUUUGUGAAGUUUGGUUUUCCUUCUCAUGGCUUUUGGAUGUCCUCCCCAAGCUCAACCCCAUCAACCGUGCCACCAAUCUCGCCGCCCUCCAUGACAAGUUCGAGAAGCGUACUCCGUCCAACCCUAAUGGUAGGUCCGACCUCCCAGGUGUCGACGUCUUUGUCUCCACCGCCGACCCCGAUAAGGAGCCUCCUCUAGUCACUGCAAACACAAUACUUUCCAUCCUUGCUGUUGACUACCCCAUUGAGAAGAUCUCAUGCUACAUUUCGGAUGAUGGAGGUGCCAUACUUACCUUUGAGGCAAUGGCUGAGGCUGUUAACUUUGCUCAGGUUUGGGUACCCUUCUGUAGAAAGCACGACAUAGAGCCAAGAAAUCCAGAUAGUUACUUCAGCUGCAAAACUGACCCCACUAAGAACAAAAAACAACUCGAUUUCGUAAAGGAUCGGCGUUGGAUCAAAAGAGAAUACGACGAGUUUAAAGUGAGAAUCAACGGUCUACCGGAGGCGAUAAGGAAGAGAAGCGAAAUGUACAACUCAAGAGAGGAGGCCAAGGAGAAGAAACUUGCGCGAGAGAGAAACGGUGGCGUGUUGCCACCAGGGGAGCAAAUCAAGGUCGCGAAGGCAACAUGGAUGGCAGAUGGAACACAUUGGCCUGGGACAUGGCUCAUUCCUUCAGCUGAACAUGCCAAGGGAGAUCAUGCUGGUAUCUUGCAGGUAAUGACCAAGGUCCCAGAGAACGACCCAGUAAUGGGUCACCACGACGAGGAAAAGCUAGACUUCACAGGAGUAGACAUUAGGUUACCAAUGUUUGCAUACGUCUCAAGAGAGAAGAGACCUGGCUAUGACCACAACAAGAAGGCCGGAGCCAUGAACGCCAUGGUCCGAGCCUCGGCCAUACUCUCCAAUGGACCAUUCAUCCUCAAUCUUGACUGUGACCAUUACAUCUACAAUUCUCUUGCAAUCAAGGAAGGAAUGUGCUUCAUGAUGGAUCGUGGGGGCGACAGAAUUUGUUACAUACAGUUCCCUCAGAGAUUCGAAGGGAUCGAUCCGUCAGAUCGUUAUGCGAAUCACAACACUGUCUUCUUUGAUGGAAACAUGAGAGCCCUGGACGGCCUCCAGGGCCCGGUGUACGUCGGAACCGGCUGCAUGUUCCGGCGGUACGCGCUCUACGGCUUCCUCCCGCCGAGGGCGAACGAGUACUCCGGCAUGUUUGGCCAAAUCAAAACGACGGCUCCAAAUUACGGGCAGAUGGACACUCAGUCCGAGCUAGAAGAUGACUCAGACACUCAGCCUCUAACUUCACACCCUGACCUUAACCUUCCAAAGAAGUUUGGAAAUUCAACCAUGUUCACCGAGUCCAUUGCCAUCGCCGAGUUCCAAGGGCGCCCCCUCGCCGAUCACAACUCCGUCAAGAAUGGCCGCCCACCCGGUGCCCUUCUCCUGCCCCGUCCUCCCCUCGACGCCCCCACCGUAGCCGAAGCCGUUGCUGUCAUCUCCUGCUGGUACGAGGACAAGACCGAGUGGGGGGACAGAAUAGGCUGGAUAUACGGCUCCGUUACCGAAGAUGUGGUGACAGGAUACCGCAUGCACAACCGUGGGUGGCGGUCAGUCUACUGCAUCACAAAGCGCGAUGCCUUCCGUGGAACCGCUCCCAUCAACCUCACCGACCGGCUACACCAGGUCCUCCGGUGGGCUACUGGUUCAGUCGAGAUCUUCUUCUCCCGCAACAACGCUUUACUCGCCAGCCGCCGUCUUAAGUUCCUCCAACGGGUUGCCUACCUCAACGUCGGCAUAUACCCCUUUACGUCAAUCUUCCUCGUCGUGUACUGCUUUCUCCCGGCACUGUCUCUUUUGUCAGGACAGUUUAUAGUGCAAGGCCUUGACGUGGCUUUCCUCUCUUACCUAUUGACGAUCACAAUCUGCCUCACACUCAUAUCACUCCUUGAAGUGAAGUGGUCCGGCAUCGGACUGGAAGAAUGGUGGAGGAAUGAGCAGUUUUGGGUCAUUGGAGGGACCAGCGCCCACCUCGUCGCGGUGCUCCAAGGCUUGUUGAAGAUUAUCGCCGGGAUCGAAAUAUCCUUCAAGCUGACUUCAAAGUCUGCUGGAGACGACGAAGAGGAUGUGUACGCAGAUCUUUAUUUGGUGAAAUGGACGAGCCUGUUCAUAAUGCCUCUGACCAUCAUUGUGGUGAACAUUGUUGCUGUCGUGAUUGGGUGCUCAAGGACGUUGUAUAGUGUGAUUCCGCAAUGGAACAAGCUCUUGGGAGGGACGUUUUUCAGCUUCUGGGUUUUGGCCCAUAUGUACCCUUUUGCCAAAGGAUUGAUGGGAAGGAGAGGGAGAGUUCCCACCAUUGUGUAUGUGUGGGCAGGACUGGUUUCCAUUACUGUUUCUUUGCUGUGGAUUUCAAUUAGUCCUCCGGAUGAUACUCUCAGUGCCACCGGUGGGAAUGUCCAGGUUUGA